AGGCCGAAACUAAGCACAAGUGACAUGGACCCAUAAUGUGUCAAUAUCUGUUGGCUUUAGAGCACCACCUAAGGAACAAUAACACAUUAACAUAGAGCACCACCUUUUCAUCAUAUUGUCCAUACUCCCUAAGUUGUUGAUGCCUGCUAUUAUUGAUGGAAGCACAUGGCUCUAAGGAUGCACAAGUCAUUGAAAUAAGUGGAGAUCAUGAUGAAACAAGGAAUCCAGGAGGGAGUAAGAUCUGUAGUGAAGCAAAUGUGCCGCAUCUGUUAAUAUGGCAAGACUGUUGGCUUUGAUCCCUUCAAUUACUUCAACAGUCAUGAAAACAAAAUUGCAAAUGUGCCAACAGCUUGCAAUAUUAAUUGAUGCGGCACAUUUGCUUUCGGAUGUUGCAGCCUUUGCCAUUUCCUUAUUUUCGCUAUGGGCUGCUGGAUGGGAAGCUAACCCCCGCCAAUCGUAUGGAUAUUUUAGAAUAGAGAUUCUUGGGGCUUUGGUUUCCAUCCAAUUGAUAUGGUUGCUUGCUGGAAUUCUGGUAUACAAAGCAGUCGACAGAAUGGUAGCUGGUCCUCGUGAGGUUGAUGGUAGUUUCUGCAUUUGGUCUAGUGGUUAGCAUCAUCAUGGCUGUGCUAUUGGGCCACGGCCACGGCCACUGCCACGGCCAAGCUUUCGCAUGGAAGUUUAUCGUUCCUUAGGUGGUGCUCUAAAGCCAACAGAUAUUGACACAUUAUGGGUUCAUGUCACUUGUGCUUGGUUUCGGCCUGAAGUGGCUUUUGCUAGUGAUGAGAAGAUGGAGCCUGCUUUGGGUAUUCUUAGUAUUCCGUCAAGUUCUUUUGUUAAGAUUUGUGUUAUUUGUAAGCAAAUUCAUGGUUCAUGCACACAAUGUUGCAAGUGUUCUACUUAUUUCCAUGCCAUGUGUGCAUCAAGGGCUGGCUACCGAAUGGAGUUGCACAUUUCGGAGAAAAAUGGUAAACAGACAACAAAAAUGGUUUCCUAUUGUGCUUAUCACAGGGCUCCCAAUCCAGACACUGUUUUGAUUAUGCAAACCCCCCUUGGGGUCAUAUCAACUAAAAGUCUUCUACAAACUAAGAAAAAAACGGGUUCCAGGCUAAUUUCCUCUAGAAGAACAAAGGUAGAAGAAACCCCUCAAGCAGAAGAUACUGAACAUGAGCCAUUCUCUGCCGCUAGAUGUCGAAUCUUUCAAAGAACAAACUACACUAAAAAGGUAAGAUGCAGAGAUUUAUUUUCAUUUGCAAAAUCUGUAACAUAAUGCUUAGUCAAUGUAACAUUUACUCUUGAUACUUCUUUACAUUUUCGGUGCAAUUCAUACUUCAA